CAACCGAGACGAGGCGAGACGGGUAUCCGCAUACCCUACAUCGGAUUGCACGACUCGGGUUAGAAGGAGGGAGGCGGUAGAUGCUCGGCACUAUCCUUGCAAAGUCGAAGGGCGAUUGUUCUCGCGUCCCUUACACUUCUCUCUCACCAUGACGCGACGAAUUGUCCGCACAGUCGUGCAAACCACCACGGCCGCCUUCUUCACCUUCGUCAUCAUCUUCUUCCUCGACCGAAACUUCCGCGUCCUCCCCAACGCCAUACACGAGUACCUCCCCACGCACCACGCCGGCACCGUCAUCACCGACAUCACGCUGACGAAAUGCUCGUCCAUCAACCUGUUCUCGUCCUGCAACCUCGACCCGGCCCGCUGGCACCGCAUCGAGAAGGACCUGCACCUCCGCAGGAGCUUGUUCUCGUCGGCCUACCUGCACGUGGAGCGCAAGCGGGAGGAGGAGCUGACGGCCGAGGACAAGGUCGUCAUCGACGUGAGCGUGGGCAGGUUGAACCCAGGGCUGGCGGGGAUCAAGGAUCAUCAUGGACAUGACAGGAGGACCGGGGAUCAUAUCAAGGAGAGCGGGGAAGAGAAGUGGGAGGCACGGCCAGGCGGUCUGUGGAUCAAGAGAAGCAACAAGCGCGGGGUGAGCGACUCCAAGAGCGCGGUGACUGGAGUGGAUGUGCUGUUUGGCGAUGACGCGGUCGAGGCGAGGCCUGGCUGGAGGAUCACGGGCACGCCGUUGCUGGUCGAUGCUGGGUCUGGUGUCCCUGCCGCGCACGUCACCAUUCGGAGAGGGCCUGAGGAGAAGCCGUACCAGCCUGCUCCCAGGAUUGGCGAGAACGGGAGAUUCAAGAUCAUGCAGCUGGCAGAUCUGCAUCUGAGCACGGGGGUGGGGCAUUGCCGGGAUGCCUUGCCGGAGGACUGGAACGGCGGGAAGUGUGAGGCGGAUCCGAGGACGUUGGAUUUCGUCGUCAAGAUUCUGAAGGAGGAGAGACCGAAUCUGGUGGUCCUUAGCGGGGACCAGGUGAACGGGGAGACUGCGCCAGAUGCGCAGACGGCAAUAUUCAAGUACGCGCAGCUCCUCAUCGAGCACAAGAUCCCCUACGUCUCCAUCUUCGGCAACCAUGACGAUGAGGGAUCCAUGUCUCGCGCAGCACAGAUGGAGCUGAUUGAGACGCUGCCCUACUCCCUGUCCAAGGCCGGGCCGGUUGACGUCGACGGGGUGGGCAACUACUACAUCGAGGUCCUGGCCCGCGGCAGCUCGGGCCACUCGGCUAUCACGGUGUACCUGCUCGACACGCACUCGUACUCGCCCAACGAGCGCAAGUACCCCGGCUAUGACUGGAUCAAGAAGAGCCAAAUCGACUGGUUCCGCAGCACGGCCCAGGGUCUCAAGAAGAAGCACAAGGAGUACACGCACCACCACAUGGACGUCGCCUUCAUCCACAUCCCCAUCCCGGAGUAUGUGUUGCCAAACCUGACGCUCGUGGGCGAGUGGAAGGAGCCGAGCACGGCGCCGGCUUAUAAUUCGGGAUUUUACAACGCCCUGGUAGACGAGGGUGUCGUCAUGGUCAGCUGUGGGCACGACCACGUGAACGAGUACUGCGGCCUGUCGCCGCGAGAGGACGGGAAGCCGGCGCUAUGGAUGUGCUACGGCGGCGCCACCGGGUUCGGCGGGUAUGCCGGGUACGGCGGCUUCCACCGCAAGAUCCGCAUCUUCGACUUCGACAUGAAUGAGGCGCGCAUCACCACCUGGAAGCGUGUCGAGUACGGGCCGGACGUGAAUAACAGGAUCGACCAGCUGAUUCUUGUCGACGCGGGGAAGGUCGUGGCGUCUAUACAGGAAGUGUAGGUAGAAUUACCUAUCCGUGGCUGGACGUUAGAUGCAAUGACAUGAAAA